ACUCCUAACAAUCGAUAAGCAAUCGAUUUUUGAAUAGCAACCCUAAAACGCUACAUAGGCCGGGCCACGUACAAGAAGAAAAUAAUAUAAAAUUCAAUUAAACCAAGAACAAUAAAUAAUAAACCCGAAUCAUGGAGGCUAUGCAACGUUACGUUUCGCCGGUCAAUCCAGCCGUUUUUCCCCACCUUGCCUCUGUGCUGCUCAUCAUUGGAACGUUCUUCACCGCCUGGUUCUUCGUUUUUGUGGUGUCGCGAAAGAACACAAAGGAGAGCACACUGAUCAAAGAGUUGUUGAUCAGUCUGUGCGCCGCUAUAUUCCUCGGCUUUGGCAUUGUGUUUCUUCUACUCACGGUUGGCAUUUAUGUAUGAACAACAACAUUCCUCUCUAAAUGUAUUUGGCAAUAAACAUAAUAGAUUGUAUAUUUGUAA